AUGUUAAUACCAUUAAAUGCUAAUGUUAUGAAAUAAGAAAAACAUACAAAAACCUUAUAUGUGUCUUAACCGAUAAUAUUUUAAUAAAAAGGAGCAAGCAGAAGUGAUUUAAUGAUGGAUUUCAUUCCAAAUUCAACAAAGACAAGUACAUUUAGAUCUAAUGAAACUGGCAAUUUUUAUUAGACUCGAUAUGGAUUAGGAGAUUAGACAUAAUAAAUUCAAGAACAUAUUUAAUAAUAAUAAAGUAUUUGUAAAAGAGUAAUGAAACAAAGUGUUGAUACAUUUUCUUUAACUUAAUAAACAUUAAAUAUUUUUGAGGGUAAAUUAAUAAGUGAAUUUAGAGGUAAAUAAUGAAGAACGAAAAAAGUAUAUAGAUUAAACAGGAGGUCCUAAAUUUGAAGGUGAUAAGUAGGAUAAAGUAACAAAAUAUUCAGUUGUUGGAUAUCAAUAGUUUUUAAAAAUUCAUUAGGAAAAACAAAAAUAAUAUUAGAGACUAAAGAGAAAUUAAUAAAAUUAAAUGACAACAGAUGAUUCUCUAUUUGAUGAAUAACCUCCAACAAGAACUAAUUAAUAAGCUUAAUCAAUUAUUCUAGAUAAAUAAUAGGGAAGAAAAACCCCAAAAAAGAGUAAAGUAGAAUAGCGUUAUUUAAGCAAAAGAGAUUUGAAUCAGAUAAUUAAAGAAGCAGAGAAAAAUAUUUAGAGAGCAUAAAUAGAAUAAGAAAAAGUUGAAGAGAAACUUCCAUUUCAUUUAAGAAAUGCAGUUACAAGAGAAGAGAGAGCAAUGAAAACGUUUGAGAAUAUAAAAACUUAAUGGGAAAAUGUUAAUAUAAAAGUUGCUUCUAAUUGUUAAAGAGAACCAGAAUAAACAAUUAUGAGUAGAGCAGAUUAAUUUAGAGAAAGAAAGUAGAAGAUUUAAGCUAUUGAAUUAAAUAAAGGGGAAGAAGAAAAAAAUAGUAGUAGAUUUUGGUAUUUGAGAUUAAGAUGGUAUGAUCAUAAGGAUAAUAGACCUUAAUUUUCAUUACUAACAUAAUCAAAUCAAUCAAAAAGUUGUUAAAAUUUUGAAAAUAGAUUAAUGAAUCGACACUUAUCAGAUUUUGAUGCAGAAAGACUUGCUUAAUAAUAGUAAUUUGUUUUGUCAGACAUUUAAGCUAAUUUUAAUACAAAAUUAAUAGAUAAUCCAUUUAAAUAAGUUGAGACUGUCAUUUCAGAAAAUAGUAAUUAUUUUUAUUAUUCUAGAGAUUAAUCAAAAUGAACGUGUUAAAUCUCCUAAAACUAAAUUAUAUACUUCUAAACUUGUUAAUCUUUAUAAAGAAAAGUUGUAAGACAAACCUAAGAAAAAAUAUGUUGAUUGCAAGAAUUUUCUUUAUUUAGCUGGAGAAAGUUAAAAGGAAAGGGAAUUAAAAAUGUUAAAUAGAGAAACAGGAGACUAAUAUAAAAUUAUAGAAAUUCCUCUUGAAGAACAAGAAAUAAUUGCUAAUACUUGGAAUAAAAAGAAUUUAGCCAAAUCUGGAGAAUAUGUUUUAUUCUGA